GCGGAACCAAUCCCGGGGGCGGGGCUGGUGGGGUGGCAGCUGCCCCCCAACGACAGGUGCACAUUCCUGGGCGCCUCGUCACUUCCCCUGCGCUGGUUGCCUCAGCAGCUUCCCAGGCGAACUCACUGAGCGCCGCGACCAGACUAUGACACCAGGGGUGCUGCUAUUGCUUCUGGGGGUCCUGGGGGUGCUGCUCGCCCCAGGCGCCCACGGCUCAGAGGCAGAGGGCCAACUCCGCGAGAAACUUUUCUCGGGCUAUGAUAGUUCUGUACGGCCGGCGCGCGUGUUGGGUGACAGCGUCGAAGUCAGCAUUGGUCUUACCCUAGCGCAACUCAUCAGCCUGAACGAAAAGGAUGAAGAGAUGAGCACAAAGGUGUAUUUAGACCUGGAGUGGACUGACUACAGGCUGAGCUGGGACCCAGCAGAGCACGAUGGCAUCGAUUUGCUCCGCAUCACGGCAGAAUCAGUAUGGCUACCUGAUGUGGUGUUGAUGAACAACAAUGAUGGAAAUUUUGAUGUUGCUCUGGACAUUGAUGUUGUGGUGUCUUCAGAUGGCUCAGUCCGCUGGCAACCCCCAGGCAUCUAUCGCAGCAGCUGCAGCAUCCAGGUCACCUACUUCCCCUUUGACUGGCAAAACUGCACCAUGGUGUUUAGUUCCUACAGUUAUGACAGCUCAGAGGUCAGUCUGCAUACAGGCCUGGGUUCUGAUGGGCUGGAGCGGCAGGAAAUCUACAUUCAUGAAGGGACAUUCAUUGAGAAUGGCCAAUGGGAGAUUAUCCACAAGCCUGCUAGGCUAAUCCAGCCUCCAGGGGAUCCUAGGGGAGGGAGGGAAGGACAACAUGAGGAAGUCACCUUCUACCUCAUCAUCCGCCGGAAGCCUCUCUUCUACCUGGUCAAUGUCAUUGCCCCGUGUAUCCUUAUCACUCUCUUGGCCAUCUUUGUCUUCUACUUGCCACCGGAUGCAGGAGAAAAGAUGGGGCUCUCCAUCUUUGCCCUGCUGACCCUUACUGUGUUCCUGCUGCUGCUGGCAGACAAAGUACCUGAGACCUCCCUGUCAGUACCCAUCAUUAUUAAGUAUCUAAUGUUUACCAUGAUCCUCGUCACUUUCUCAGUCAUCCUUAGCGUUGUGGUACUCAACCUGCACCACCGCUCUCCCCACACCCACCAAAUGCCUCUUUGGGUCCGUCAGAUCUUCAUCCACAAGCUCCCUCUCUACCUGGGUCUGAAGAGGCCAAAACCUGACAGAGACCAGCUGCCAGAACCCCCUCACUCUUCUUCUCUGGGAAGUGGCUGGGGUCGGGGUACUGACGAAUAUUUUAUCCGGAAGCCACCGAAUGAUUUUCUCUUCCCCAAACCCAACAGAUUCCAGCCUGAACUGUCUACCCCGGACCUGCGGCGAUUUAUUGAUGGUCGAAACCGGGCUGUGGGCCUGCCUCCCGAAUUACGGGAGGUGGUUUCCUCGAUCAGCUACAUCGCUCGACAGCUGCAGGAACAGGAGGACCACGAUGCACUGAAGGAGGACUGGCAGUUUGUGGCUAUGGUAGUGGAUCGCCUCUUCCUGUGGACCUUCAUCAUCUUCACGAGCGUCGGGACCCUGGUCAUUUUCCUAGAUGCUACGUACCACUUACCCCCUGCCGACCCCUUUCCUUGAGGACUGGAAGGCCGAGCCUCAGGUUCUCGGCUAGUUGAAAUGAAAGUAUUUUCAAGCCUUAUAACCCCCUCUGCUUAAACCCUUUCGCUAGGAAUCCAGUACUUUUAUUUCGUUUCUGAGGAGAGCGCUUAAAUGGAACUGAGGGCUGGUCAGGGUGUCUUAGACCCACCUGAAAUGCAUAUCAGUUUAUUUGCUCUUUGGAUACUUGAGGUCGCUUCCUUGGAUAUCAAUGCCCAGGUCCCCAAUGAAGUAGAACAAAGAGCACAAAUUAAUGUAAGCCUCAGGAUGGCAGGAAAUGUCUUGGUCACUGUAAUAUUUCCAGCACCUGAUGCUGACCUAAAGGUUCAAUGUUGAAUGAAGAGGGAGGAUUUUCUGGAAAGAAAUAACACCAAUUAAUAGUUCCUACAUUUGCAUGUUUGGACUAAUUUUUUUUUCUGUUUUUACCUUAAUGUAAUUAAAAAAAAAGGUUCUAAAAGCUAAAAAAGUGUUUUGAAGAAACAACACUUUAAAAAAAUAAACUAAAAAAAAAGUGUUUUAAAGACUUCUAUUCAACUUCUGGCUUUAAUGCUCAAAUGACUGACUGCCCUGUAUCAUAGUUUCCACAUCUGUAAAACAAAGCUAAUAAUAGUAUAUGCCCCAUAUUAUAUAUCAACAAUAUCUGAGUUUGCAAACUGGAGUGUUUUUAUUGGUUCAUGUUGUUGGCAUGUGCAGUUUCAAAUUAGCUCACUACUUUUAAAACUUGGAUAUUUCACAGA